AAUAUGGAGUCGUUAUUGUUUCAGUUAAAUACUUGCAGUGAGCUGAUUGCAGAAGGAUACAGCAGCACGGGCAACAUUGGCUGGUUAAACGAGUUCUGCGCCACCUUUCUUGACUUUGCCAGCGAUUUGAAGGCCAGACUGCCGGAAGUGGCACCCAGCGGCGCCAACUUGGACGUGGAGACCAUCUUCCUGUGCCUCACCCAGGUGGUCACUUGCAUCACCCACUUGGAGCGGACCAUCAUCAGGGAGGCGCCGCAGAUGACCAGGCAGCACUUUCUCGAUCGCUUGGACUGGUGUCUCCGCCGACUGCUCAUAUCCUUGACGCAGCUGGAGACCAGCGUGGCCACCGUCAAGAACCUGGAGGAUCACUCGUUUGUGGAGCUAAUGGAUCUGGCACUAGAUCACCUGGAUGAUUACAUGGAGCUGCUGGCUCAAAGGGGCAACAAUUCGCUACACACGCUGGAGGAGAGUUUCAUGGAGGACACCUACCAGUUGGCCGGCAUAGUGAAUCACCUAGUUCGCCAUGCCUUGGCCUUUGCCAAUGUGGCUAUUAACUCGGACAAGAAGGCGUUGACUGCUCUGUGUGAGACAUUACUCAGCGAAUGUGCCACCUUUCAUGAGGAGUCUGGAGAUCCCAAUUGUGGUCAUCGUAAGCUGGAGGCCCUCUCCCUGGAGCGGGCUCUCUAUGCCCUAGAAUCCUUUCUAAAUGAGGCACUGCUGCAUCUGCUCUUCGUCAGCUUGAUAGAAUUGGAGAAUACAUCGGUUGAAAGGCUGAAGGAAGCUUUGCAAAAGGACAUGGAGGGCGCUCAGGAACUAGUCUCCACCUUCGACACCAAUAUGGAUCGCAUCCAGCAGAUUGGAGUGCUGGCCAUAGCCUUCUCGCAGGACAUAAAGACGAAGACCAUUGUGAGGAGCUGCCUGGCUUCUUUGGAAUCCCUGGAUGCCUGCAUUGUUCCAGCUCUCCAGUUACCAGAAUCCGCUUCAUCCUCACACCAUGCGGACAUCCUGCAGGAUCACUUCAACCAGGAGCUGCUGAUCUUUCGCAACGUCAUCCACGAAAUCAUCGACAGUUGUUCCCUGAUCAAUAACUAUCUGGACAUGCUGGGCAAAAGUAUCCAAAUUCAGGAGAAGAGUCAGCUGAAGCUGAUUGUCCAAAGGGGCAGUGUUUUGGUGGAGCACUUCCGGCUGCCUGUUAAUUAUUCGACUCUCAGUGAAGAUGGCAAGCGGGUGCACAAGGAUCUCAUCCUGAUCCUGCGUGAGUGCCAGGCUGUGGUCAGCCUGGACAUUCCAGUGGAUCCCAAACGCAUCGUAAAGCGUCUCAAGAUACUGUACUCCGUUCUGGCCAAGCUGAGGGACUCGAUAAGCAAGGAGAUCCUGGAGCCCGACUGCUCAGUGGUCACCCAAGACCCGAUUCCCUGCAAUGUCACCCGAACUUUUGUGCGAAACAGUCGAUCCGUAUCUAAAAGACAUCGAUCCUUCGUUAAGCAGAGCGGAAAUUGUUCCGUCCUUGACCCGCAGGAUAAACUUGUGGAAUCCAUUAAUAAUGACAGCGAUCUUAUAAGCUUUCAAUUAACCGAAAUUCUUAGAAUAGAUUGAGUUUGACAGAUCAUAUUUUAAAUAAGUAAGUCAAGAAAUGAAGAUAAUCUAUAUUUUGUAAAUACUUCAAUAAUUUGAAGUUUUUUGCUUAAAAUUUAGAAAACAAUAGCCACACACUGUUUGCGAUGGAACAUGACAAAUAUUUUAAAUAAGUACGUCAAUAAAAAAGUGUAAUCUGUAUAAAUGUAUGUAGUUGCUUUAUUAAUUCGAACUUUUUACAGAG